CAGCCGCCUCGGGGCUGGCGCGGGAGGCUGGGGCGGGGAGCUGCCCCGGUGCGAGCGCGGCGGCGGGCGGAGAGAUGAGCGCGGAGUUGGUGAGCAGCGCCCUGGGGCUCGCCCUCUACCUCAACACGCUGGGCGCCGACUUCUGCUACGAUGACAGUCGAGCUAUCAAGACAAACCAGGACCUUCUGCCAGAGACACCCUGGACCCAUAUAUUCUACAAUGAUUUCUGGGGAACGCUUCUCACUCACAGUGGGAGCCACAAGUCAUACAGACCUCUCUGCACUCUCUCCUUCCGCAUCAACCAUGCCAUUGGAGGAAUGGAUCCAUGGGGUUACCAUCUUGUAAACAUCCUGUUGCAUGCUGCAGUCACAGGCCUUUUCACAAACUUCUCCAGGAUCCUCUUCGGGGAUGGGUACUGGACCUUGAUAGCUGGUUUGCUGUUUGCGUCUCAUCCGAUCCACACCGAAGCCGUAGCAGGGAUAGUGGGGAGGGCAGACAUUGGAGCCUGCCUCUUCUUUUUGCUUUCCCUGAUGUGUUACGUGAAGCAUUGCUCUACAAGAAGUUCCUCAGCUAGAACUUGGGGCUGGAUCUUGGGAGCGGGACUUUGUGCUGGAUGCAGCAUGCUGUGGAAGGAGCAAGGAGUGACUGUACUGGCAAUUUCAGCAGUGUACGACAUCUUUGUAUUUCAUCGACUGAAAAUGCAUCAGAUCAUUCCUGCUUUAUACAAGAGGAAGAAUUUGAACCUUUUCUUCAGCAUUGGUUUAUUGACCUCCUGGGGGACUGCACUGCUGGGUAUCCGCUUAUACUGGAUGGGCAACAAGCCCCCAAGUUUUUCCAACUCUGACAAUCCAGCAGCUGAUUCAGACAGUUUUCUCACACGAAUGCUGACCUUCCUUUACUUGCCAACAAAGAACCUCUGGCUGUUGUUCUGCCCAGACACCCUCAGCUUUGACUGGUCAAUGGAUGCUGUGCCUCUUCUGAAGGCAGUCAGCGACUGGAGAAAUCUACACACUGUGGCCUUCUAUGCUGGACUUUUCCUCCUCGCCUACUUCAGCUUGAAGGGCUCCAGCAAUGAAAGAGAAUGCAAUGGGAAAAGUGUAAUGAAUGGCAAGCAGAAUGCUAAUGGGCAUAGCUGUCACUCUGAAAUGGAAUAUAAGACACUGGAGGGGAAGUCAAGUUUUGCAUCGAAGGAAGAGAAUGGCAUAAAAAAGCAUGAAAUCUUAAAACUACAGCUUCCUUCAACUGAGAACAUUGUCAUUCUGUCUCUGUCUUUGUUAAUAGUGCCCUUUAUUCCUGCCACAAACCUAUUUUUCUAUGUUGGCUUUGUAAUAGCAGAGCGUGUGCUGUAUGUUCCUAGUAUGGGCUUCUGCCUGCUGGUUACAGUAGGUGUCAGAGCCCUUUAUGUCAAAACCCAAAAACGCUUUCUGAAGAACUUGGUUUUUUGUUCCACUGCUGCAUUGAUUGUUUUCUAUGGACUCAAGACUGUUGUCAGAAAUGGGGACUGGCAGAAUGAGGAGAUGCUGUAUAGGUCAGGAAUAAAAGUGAACCCUGCUAAAGCAUGGGGUAACCUUGGAAAUGUUCUCAAGAGCCAGAGCAAGAUUUCUGAAGCUGAAAGCGCCUACAGAAAUGCCUUGUACUACCGCAGCAACAUGGCUGAUAUGCUCUAUAAUUUAGGAUUACUUCUUCAAGAGAACAACAGGUUUUCAGAGGCAUUGCAUUACUAUAAACUGGCUAUUGGUAGCAGACCCACAUUAGCUUCUGCCUAUUUAAAUACUGGCAUCAUCCUGAUGAACCAAGGGAAGACAGAGGAAGCCAGGAGGACAUUCCUAAAGUGUUCAGAGAUCCCUGAUGAAAAUUUGAAAGAUCCUCAUGCUCAUAAAAGCUCUGUUACUAGUUGUCUUUAUAAUUUAGGAAAACUUUUUCAUGAACAAGGACACUAUGAGGAUGCCCUAACUGUUUACAAAGAAGCAAUACAGAAAAUGCCAAGGCAGUUUGCACCACAGAGUUUAUACAACAUGAUGGGAGAAGCCUAUAUGAGAAUGAGCCGUCUGCCAGAAGCAGAGCACUGGUAUGUGGAGUCACUGCGAUCCAAGAGCGACCACAUCCCUGCACAUCUCACCUAUGGAAAGCUUCUGGCUCUGACGGGACGCAAGAGUGAGGCAGAGAAGUACUUCAUGAAGGCAAUUCAGCUGGAUCCUACCAAAGGAAACUGCUAUAUGCAUUAUGGUCAGUUCCUGCUAGAGGAAUCCCGUCUGAUUGAAGCAGCUGAGAUGGCAAAGAAGGCAGCUGAACUUGAUAAUACAGAAUUUGAUGUUGUUUUCAACGCUGCCCAUAUGCUCAGACAAGCCAGUCUUAAUGAAGAAGCUGAGAAGUAUUAUGAACUGGCAGCAGGAUUAAGACCUAAUUAUCCAGCUGCCUUAAUGAAUCUUGGAGCCAUUCUUCAUCUGAAUGGUAAACUGAAAGAGGCUGAAGAAAACUACCUCCUUGCUCUUCAACUUAAACCUGAUGAUGUCAUCACUCAGUCCAAUCUUCGCAAAUUGUGGAACAUCAUGGAGAAACAAGGUUUAAAGACAUCCAAGACAUGAUGUGGAAAACGCUAAGCUUUUUUUCUUAAAUUGGUUUAUAACUAGAAUUUUCAUACAGUUGUCUGAACAGAGAACUCAUCAGACUUGGCUGCAAGGAUCGGAAGUCUUGAUUGCUGCUAGGAGAAGCUAUUCUGCUUUUUGCCUUUUUUGUUGUUACUAUUAGAUUUAAAAAAAAAAGAAAAACAAACAAACAAAACAACAACAACAAAAAAAAAAACACAGAAAGGGAGAUGGAGAUAUUCAUGAAGGACUUCAAUGUUAGCCUACAAAAAGAUUUAGAACCACAGAACUUGAAAGAGGGUGUCCUGGCAUAUUUGAAAAAUCAUUGCAAAUUCCAUAUUGCUCACUUCUGUGAAAGGUAUACUGUCCUAGAAACACUAAUGGAAAUUUGUACAGUAUACACUAAAUCAUAUGGGAGUGAAAGUGGGUACUAAUAACUCGUUAAAUGUAACUCAUUAAAAUGUGUACUAAAUCUGGCGUGUUUGCAGUUUGUCUUAAUGCUGCUGAAUCUCACUUUAAGACCACUUGUUUACCAAUUCACAGCAUACAAGGCCAAUUUUUAUCUUUCUAAAACCUAUUGUUUGUGUUUAGAUGGUGGCAUUCAAAUUUUUUUUUUGCUGCAAAUAUGCAUAUUAUUUCAACUUACUUUAAGUUUUGUUGCAAUUCUCUGGAAAUACAUGGUGAAAUGGCUGUGGGCUUGACAGAAUGAGCAAGCGAUUGCCCAAAUUCUACAUCACGCAUGUAUGCAGAAUCUAAAAAAUAAGAAAAAGACAUGAUGUAGCAGUACAAGUGAGACUGAUGUUUGCCCUGGUAUCAAGUGAAUGUGGUCAGAAUGUCAUCUUAAGAAAAAAAAGACUGACUGGAUUCUGCAUCCAGUAUUUUUGCAAUAUCUCAUCCAGUAAGAUUUGAAAAUAUUAGUUUGUGCAUAUUCUACACAGACUUCAUGAGCAACUCAGUGAGAAGGGAAUGUUACACGUCUGUGGGACUAGAAAAUAGCUCAAGGGAAUGGAUUAGAUUAUAUCCAAAACAUCAUAGGCAAAGAUAAAUGUGUAACUGGUUGCCAGUUACUUUUCGUAGUGGUGAUGUUUUAAAAACAUAUUACCUAUUCAGAUUCUAACCAAAUAGUAGAAUUCUGUUUGUAUUCUGACAUGUACUAGCAACAGAGCUGUCAAAUAUCUAAGUAUGCUUCUGGUGAGGUUCUGCUUAUUCCUGAUUCAGAACAAUUUGACCUAAUUACUGUUUUAUUCUUCGGUUUAUAAAUGUACGAAUAAUUUAUUUUAAAUUGCAGUGUAUUGAAGAUUCAAUCCUUUUUUUCCAGGCCGUUUGUUAACUGCUCUCUUUCUUUGGAAUAAGUAUUAUUGCUUUUAUGAAAAUGUACUAUUUCAUUUAAUGACCUGUUG